AUGGCCACCUGGAGGCAUCCUCGGUCGCGUCAGUGGCACCUGCUGGACUAUGUCCUCGUCCGGAGGCGAGAUCAGCGGGACGUGCUGAUGAAAAAAACGAUCGUGGUUGCUGACAGGUGGACCGACCAUCGCCUCGUCAGCUCGAAAAUAUGUAUUCGCCUACAGCCUCGCAGGAGACCACAAGGUAAGCGACCCCCAGGUAAGCUGAAUAUUACAUGGUUGCCUUUGCCCGCUCACCAUCUUCAUUUCUUCAAUGAGCUAGCUCCCCCGCUAGACAACCUUCCAAUCUCUGCCGCAGACGACGCCGCCGCUGCCGAGAACGCCUCCGUGGAGAACCGCUGGUGUCAACUGCGAGACACGGUCCAGUCGACGGUGCUCGCCGUCCUCGGUCGGGCACGCCGCCAACACCAGGAUUGGUCCGACGACAACGACGUCGCCAUCACCAAUCUGCUUGCCGAGGAAAACCGCAUACACAAAGCCUACCUAGACCACCCCACGGACGACAACAGAGCUGCCUUCUACCGUUGUCGUCGCCUCAUACAACACCGGCUGCGCGAGAUGCAGGACGCCUGGACGGCUCGCAAGGCUGAGGAGACCCAAGGGUACGCGAACCGCAACGAAUGGAGGAACUUCUCUGCGAUCAAAGCUGUUUACGGUCCGCCGACCAAAGGCACUGCUCCUCUCCUGAACGUCGACGGCAGUACCCUCCUGACCGAGAAGACACAAAUUCUAUAGCGAUGGAUCGAGCACUUCCGAGGCGUCCUCAACCGCCCCUCCACCAUCUCCGACGCCGCCGUUGACGGCUUGCCACAAGUUGAGACCAACGUGGACCUCGACUUCCCGCCCUCUCUCCAGGAAACUAUCAGGGCCGUGCAGCAGCUCUCCAGCGGGAAAGCUCCCAGAUCGGACGCUAUCCCUGCUGAGAUCUACAAGCACGGUGGCCACCAACUCAUGGAUCACCUGACUAAACUCUUCAAGGAGAUUUGGCGUCAAGGAGAAGUCCCGCAGGACUUCAAAGACGCCAUGAUGUUGCAUCUAUACAAGCGGAAAGGGAACCUCCAGCUCUGCGACAUUCACCAAGGCAUCUCCUCGCUGAAUAUCGCCGGGAAAAUCUUCGCUCACAUCCUCCUCAACCGCCUUAAUAAUCAUUAA